AUGCUCUACGCUGAGGACGACAAACUCGUUUUCCGGUUCGAUGAUCACCUUCUCUGGAUACAGCCAUGGGGCGAGAAUGCACUGCGCGUGAGAGCCACGAAGCUUGCGUCUAUGCCUACUGAGGACUGGGCCUUGUUGAAGGCCGAGUCGGAUCGACCUAUUAUCAAAAUCGAGGAUAGCCAAGACUCGAGCAUCUCCAACGGCAAGAUCAAAGCCACCGUCUCCCGCCGUGGCAAGAUCACCAUCUACAACCACAAGGGGGUCAAGCUUUUAGAAGAGUAUGCUCGUCAUCGUCGUGAUCCGAAAGACCCAAAAUGCAGCGCUCUGGAGAUUGAAGCUCGAGAGCUGCGACCCAUCCUCGGGGGUGACUUUCACCUGACCAUGCGUUUCGAAUCGCUCGACCCGAACGAGAAGAUCUUCGGAAUGGGCCACAUACCUUUUGCACUCUCCUCUUUGGGGUACGGGUUUCUCUGGAACAACCCGGCUAUCGGACGAGCUGUGUUCGGGACCAACACGAUGAGCUUUGAGGCCUAUUCCACCAAAGUGUUAGACUACUGGGUCGUCGCAGGCGACACCCCGGCUGAAAUCGAGGAAGCCUAUAGCAGGGCCACUGGCCACGUCCCAAUGAUGCCCGAGUACGGCCUUGGGUUCUGGCAAUGCAAGCUCCGAUACUGGAAUCAGGAGCAGCUCCUCGAUGUCGCCCGAGAAUACAAGCGACGAAACGUACCACUCGACCUCAUCGUCAUCGACUUUUUCCACUGGAAACACCAAGGAGAAUGGAGCUUCGAUCCCCAAUUCUGGCCCGAUCCUGACGCCAUGAUCCAAGAACUCCAAGCGAUGAACGUCGAACUCAUGGUCUCAAUCUGGCCAACGGUUGAAACCGCCUCCUCCAACUACGCUGAAAUGCUAGAAAAAGGCCUCCUCAUCCGCCACGACCGCGGCCUCCGCAUCGCCAUGCAAUGUGAUGGCGAUAUCACCCACUUUGACGCAACCAACCCAGCCGCACGAGCCUAUGUCUGGUCCAAAGCCAAACAGAACUACUACGACAAAGGCAUCAAAGUCUUCUGGCUGGACGAAGCGGAACCAGAAUACUCCAUCUACGACUUUGACAUCUACCGCUACCACGCCGGCAGCAACCUCCAAAUCGGCAACAUCUUCCCCAAAGAAUACGCGCGCGGAUUCUACGAAGGCAUGCACGCCGCCGGCCAAACCAACAUCGUCAACCUCCUCCGCUGCGCCUGGGCGGGCAGCCAAAAGUACGGAGCCCUCGUCUGGAGCGGCGACAUUGCAUCCUCCUGGACCUCCUUCCGCAACCAACUCGCCGCCGGCCUGAACAUGGGCCUCGCCGGCAUCCCCUGGUGGACGACCGACAUUGGCGGCUUCCAUGGCGGCGACCCAGACGACCCAGCGUUCCGCGAACUCUUCACCCGCUGGUUCCAAUGGGGCACCUUCUGUCCUGUGAUGCGUCUGCACGGUGAUCGAGAACCCAAACCAUCAAACCAACCCACAGCCUCCGGCUCCAACAACGAAAUCUGGUCCUAUGGCGAACAAGUCUACACGAUCUGCAAAAAGUAUAUCGGCAUCCGCGAGACCCUGCGCGAUUACACACGAACUCUAAUGAAAGAGGCGCACGAGAAAGGCACCCCCGUCAUGCGUACCCUCUUCUACGAGUUUCCGGAUGACCCGCGCGCUUGGACCGUGGAAUCGGAGUAUCUCUUUGGCUCGAAGUAUCUGGUGGUCCCGGUGUUUGCGGCCGGGCAGCGAACCAUCACGGCGUAUUUGCCGGCGGGGGCGUCGUGGAAGGUUUGGGGGGGUGGGCAGGAUACAGAGGGGGAGAUCCACGAGGGCGGACAGGAAGUGCAAGUGGCGUGUCCUAUUGAGUCGAUGCCUGUAUUUGUCAGGGUUUAG